GACAUCAAGAACAAGCGCAACCCGCGCCUGGUGCCCUACAACCUGCUGGACGAGCGCACCAAGAAGACGAACCGGGACAGCCUCUGCGAGGCCGUGCGCACCCUCAUCGGCUACGGCUACAACAUCGAGCCCCCCGACCAGGAGAGCCCCGCCCAGGGGGUGCCGCGGGGGCGCCCCGACAAGAUGCGCAUCUUCCGGGCCGAGCGGAGCUACGCGGUGCGCAGCGGCAAGUGGUACUUCGAGUUCGAGGCCGUCACCACCGGGGAGAUGCGUGUGGGCUGGGCGCGGCCCCACGUGCGCCCCGACAUCGAGCUGGGCGCCGACGAGCUCGCCUACGUCUUCAACGGGCACCGAGCGCAGCGCUGGCACGUGGGCAGCGAGCCCUUCGGGCGGACGUGGCAGGCGGGCGACGUGGUGGGCUGCAUGAUCGACCUGGCCGAGAGCCACAUCACCUUCACGCUCAACGGCGAGGUGCUCAUCAGCGACGCCGGCUCCGAGCUGGCCUUCAAGGACUUCGAAGUGGGCGACGGCUUCGUGCCGGUGUGCAGCCUGGGGCUGGAGCAGGUGGGGCGGCUGAACCUGGGCCAGGACGUGGGCAGCCUGCGCUUCUUCACCAUCUGCGGGCUGCAGGAGGGCUUCGAGCCCUUCGCCAUCAACACCAAGCGCCCGCUCACCCUCUGGUUCAGCAAGAGCCUGCCCCAGUUCGCCCCCGUGCCCCCCGACCACCCCCAGCUCGAGGUGACGCGGAUGGACGGGACGGUGGACGCGCCGCCCUGCCUGCGCCUGUCCCGCCGCGCCCCCGGCCCCCCCGCCGCCCCCCCCGAGCUGCUGUUCCUGCGCCUCAGCCUCCCGGUGCAGUUCCACCCCCGCUUCCGCUGCCCCCCCGGCACCACCCCGCUGCCCCAGGCCCACCCCGAGCCCCCCGACGACGCCGGCCUCGAGCCCCUCUCCGAAUUCGAGCGCCUCCGCCGCUCGGCCGGCGCCCGGCCCCCCGAGAGCGAAGGGGAGGGCGAGAAGCCCCCCGGGGGGGGGCCCGCAGCCCCGGCCCCCCGCGAGCAGCCCCGCGGGGAGAACGAGAAGGAUGCGACCACCGAGAAGGGCAAGACCCGGAGGGGGUUUCUGUUCAAGGCCAGGAAGACACCGUUUGCGCCCCCUCCGGCAGUGCCCACCGUCCCCCGCCUGGAGGAGGACGUGGUCCCUGACGAGCGUGACGACCCCGAGGUCAUCAUGAACACCACCACGUACUACUACUCGGUGCGGAUCUUCGCGGGGCAGGAGCCCUCGUGCGUCUGGGUGGGCUGGGUGACCCCCGACUACCACCAGCACGACGCCGCCUUCGACCUCUCGCGCGUGCGCACCGUCACCGUCACCAUGGGCGAUGACAAGGGCAACGUGCACGACAGCAUCAAGCGCAGCAACUGCUACAUGGUGUGGGGGGGCGAGUUCGCCAGCAGCACCCCCCAGGCGCGCGUCAGCCACAGCGACCUGGUCAUCGGCUGCCUGCUCGACCUGGCCACCGGGCUCAUGACCUUCACGGCCAACGGCAAGGAGAUCAACACCUUCUUCCAGGUGGAGCCCAACACCAAGCUCUUCCCCGCCGUCUUCGCCCUCCCCACCAGCCAGAACGUCGUCCAGUUCGAGCUGGGCAAGCUCAAGAACAUCAUGCCCAUCUCGGCCGCCAUGUUCAGCAGCGAGCGCAGGAACGCGGAGCCGCAGUGCCCCCCCCGGCUGGCCAUCCAGCUGCUGGCCCCCGUCACCUGGAGCCGCAUGCCCAACGAGGCGCUGGCCGUCGACACCGCGCGCAUCAGCGAGCGCCACGGCUGGGCCGUGCAGUGCUCCGAGCCCCUCGUCAUGAUGGCCCUGCACAUCCCCGAGGAGAACAGGUGCAUCGACAUCAUGGAGCUGUCGGAGCGCCUGGACCUGCUGCGCUUCCAGUGGCACACGCUGAAGCUGUACUGCGCCGUGUGCGCCCUGGGCAACAACCGCGUGGCGCACGCGCUCUGCAGCCACGUGGACCAGGCCCAGCUCCUCUUCGCCAUCGAGAGCCCCGAGCUGCCGGGGCCGCUGCGCGCCGGCUACUACGACCUGCUGCUGGCCAUGCACCUCGACGCCGCGCAGCGCGCCCGCGCCUCCAUGAGCGCCGAGUUCAUCAUCCCCAUGACCGAGGCCACCAAGAGCAUCACGCUCUUCCCCGACGGCAGCCGCGUGCCCGGCCCCCCCGGCGUGGGGCCCAGCGCCUGCCUGCGCCCCCAGCCCCAUUUCGCCGAGCCGUGCUUCGUGCUGGCGGCGGGCGGCGGGCGGGCGCUGCUCAGCCCCGGGGUGCCGCUGGGCGCGCUGGGCGCUCGGGCCAUCCGCAUGCUGGCCGAGGCGGUGGCCGGGGGGGGUCCCCACGCCCGGGACCCCGUGGGCGGCAGCGUGGAGUUCCAGCUGGUGCCGGUGCUGAAGCUGGUGUCGGCGCUGCUGGCCGUGGGCGCGCUGGGGGACGCCGACGUGCGCCGCGUCCUGCGCAUGAUCGAGCCCCGCGUCUUCGGGGAGCCCCGGCGGGAGGCGGCGGCCGGCGAGGAGGAGGAGGAGGAGAGGGAGGAGGAGGAGGAGGAGGAAGCACGGAAGAAGGCUAUUGAGGCCGGCGAGCUGGAGGAGGAGGAGGAGGACGAGGGGCUGGAGGAAGGGCUGCUGCAGAUGAAGCUGCCCGAGUCGGUCAAGCUGCAGAUGUGCAACCUGCUGCAGUACUUCUGCGACCGGGAGCUGCAGCACCGCGUCGAAGCCAUCGUGGCCUUCUCGGAGCGGCACGUGGAGCGGCUGCAGCGCGACCAGCACCGCCGCUACGGGCAGCUGAUGCGGGCGCUCACCAUGUCAGCUGCCGAGACCGCCCGGCGCACCCGCGAGUUCCGCUCGCCCCCCCAGGAGCAGAUCAACAUGCUGCUGCAGUACAAGGCGGGGGCAGACGAGGAGGAGUGCCCCGUGCCCGAGGACAUCCGCGACGAACUGCUCGACUUCCACAACGACCUGCUGGCGCACUGCGGCAUCGAGCUGGCGGGCGAGGAGGAGGAGGAGGCGGAGGAGACGUCGCUGCGCCACCGGCUGCUGGGGCUGGUGCAGAAGGUGGUGGGGCUGCACAAGAAGGCGCCCGAGGAGGAGGCGCCCCCCGAGGAGCCCCCGGUGCCCAGCACGCUGCAGGAGCUGAUCUCGCAGACGAUGGUGCACUGGGCGCAGGAGUCGUUCAUCCAGAGCCCCGAGCUGGUGCGCGCCAUGUUCAGCCUCCUGCACCGGCAGUACGACGGGCUGGGCGAGCUGGUGCGCGCGCUGCCCAAGGCCUACACCAUCAGCGCCCACUCGGUCGCCGACACCACCGAGCUGCUCGAGUGCCUGGGCCAGAUCCGCUCCCUGCUCAUCGUGCAGAUGGGCCCCGAGGAGGAGAACCUGAUGAUACAGAGCAUCGG